AUGUUGGGCUAUGAUGUCCGUCGAUCUAGUACCGAAUUGAGACGAGACGGUGAAGAGCGUAAUUUUCCUCGUGUAAAAGAAGUUAUCGAAAAAUUUGGUGAACACUGUCGUAGCGUAGCGGAUUACCACGACAUAGUCGUCAAUUUGAUAUGGCGUUUCACUGAGAUUCAUAUUGAUAAGGCGAUUGCGUUUAUCAUGCUUCACAUCUGCGUUCAAGAGGUUGGCGCAAUGAAUAUACCGUAUAUCAUUUAUGUUGCUGUUACGUUGACAAAACCGAAGUAUACGAGGAAAAUGAGUUUUUGCGCCGCUGUAUGGACAUCGUGUGUUGUGAUCUUGAAGAUGAUCUAUCAAAUGGAAUUCAUUAAGGAGGACAUGUUGACAGUCUAUUGUGAGGAUUUAUAUGGUAUCAACGACACAGUGCAUGCACCGGAUUGGGUUGGACUGCACAAAACCGACGGGGUGUUCACGUACACAAGGGUAAAUUCAUCUCUUUGUACGGCCAUAUCCAUUAAGUGA